AUGAACCCCCCUAUUGUCGCAUUCAUGAUCUCAUGUAUGGGAAUGGUGCAUAUGACACAUGUUUAUAACACCUUGGAUCAAUGGAAGACAGCUGAAAGGUUGCUGGCACUCAUCAAGGAGAAGGAAUACAUCAAGAACAAACUCAAUCUGAAACUCAUUGGCUGGGUGUCAGAUGCAUCAGGAGAGUCAAGGGCCACAUGCAUUUGGUUGCAGGAGCAGUUCCCACAUUUAAUUGUAGCAGAUUGCUAUGCACACCAAGUGCAACUUGUACUUGGGGACUACAUAAAAAAGAAUGAACACAUGUCACUAAGAUUGGCUGAGGCCAAUGGCAUCAUUAAUUGGUUCAAUAAUCACUCAAUUGUGCUUCUGCAGAGCAAUGCUGCACUGCAGACCAAGCAAGGGCUCUUAUUAGACCUUGCAUCACUCAGUGGACAUCACACAUAA